UUUCAGCCACAUUUUUCCCGUCAACCAGAACAGUUCAAAUUGCAUCGCCGUUAGUCAUAACAUAAGACUCCGAGGUUCCCCGACAUUAUUAGGCUUCCGAGCAUAUUAAAACGGCUUAUACGUGAAUAUUUUGCCGAACGUUCCGGGUGAGAAUCCUCUGGUAAAUUCCCAGAUAAAAAGUCUGGAAAAGCUAGAGUGGCAACUGUAGAGGCCAGUCCCCCAAUCCUCACCACCAGACGCUCUCCGCCCGCGACUACUGACGGAAGUUGCCUGUGCUGGUUCUUAGUCUAUUACCUGGAAACUACAUUAUCGUGUAGCCAUUUCCCUAAGGAGAUUGACUUAAACUUGAUGGUGCUAUUGUUGAUUUGAAACACAGGUAACUUAAGUGUGAUACUCGCGUGGUUUAUAUGGUAUACAGUGAAAUGAAUAAUACACAUGCGACUAGUGAUAGCUUCCUGGAGCACCGUUUGCAUUUGUAAAUGUGGCGCAAGCUUUCCUGACGCCAGUGCAUCGUAGAUCUUGGCCAGAGAAGUUUUCCAAGACGUUCGUGUGGUUAAGGAAUCUGAAAAUUUUCCUGUGUAACUGUUAUUUAAUCGCAGAGAACUGUUACAAUCAUGAAAGGGAUUGCCAAGAGACUCUUGAAGUCAAGGGACAAGAAGGGGGUGAUGUGCGAUGGUACGGACGCUCAGUAUCGUCUUCACUUAGUUACCGGAGACCGUCGAGGAGCUGGUACGGACGCCAACGUGUACGUGGUGCUCUACGACAGUCACGGACGCGCAUCUACGCCAAUAUCUGCGAAUAAAAAGUUAACCAAUGAUAAUGAACGAGGGUCUACAACUACGGUAGACGUGAAAGCGGACUGUGGUGUACAGGGUCCCAUUGUCAAAGUAAAAGUGUGGAGGGACAAUUUUUCUGACAUCAGGCUGCUGAGUAAAGUUACGAAAAUUCUUUUCGGCCAGCGGACUAAGCAAGGCUCCGCCGCUUGGUUCUUGGACCGCAUAGAAGUUGAAGAACUUUUGAUACAGAACAACAACAUACACAACAUACAGGAGACGCUCACCAACAGCAGGAACAACUUGCAUACUGACGAAAUUACCAUGGAAGCUGUGAAGACGGUGCACAAGGCUGCUUCAGGAGGACGAGUGUGGGUGUUCCCCCUGCAGAGGUGGGUCUCGGCAAACAGGAUAUACGUUAUAGAACUCCAUGAUUGUUUUCUACCACAAGACGAUCCCAACCGCGAUGCCCGCCAGGGAGAGUUCCUACAGAAGAGAAAGGAAUACCAGUACACUCAGAACGUGGAAGGUGGGCCAGCACAGAUCGAAAACUUGCCGAGUGAUGAAAAGUUCUCCGAGGAAUAUUAUUGGACUUUUGCUACUGAGAAAAUGAACCUGUUGGCACGGACGAAGUUGAUAGAAUGGACGACUAGCAAGUGGAACACCCUGGAGGACCUGAAGAAGGUGUACAAGCAGAGUCUGGGAGAACCUGAGUGUAUCGAUGUAUGGAAAGAAGACUGGUGGUUCGGAAUUCAGAGGCUUCAAGGUGUUAAUCCAAACAUUAUUACCUUGUGCAACAAAAUCCCGGAGAAAUUUGAUGUGACGGAGGAUACCGUGAAAGGUUUGCUUGAUGAUCUCUCUCUAGCCGAAGCACUUGAGAACAAUAAGAUUUUCAUCUGUGACUUAGAAAUAACUGAUAAUUUGUCCUGCAAGGAUGAUCGUGAGUUGGCAUCUCCCUUGGCUCUCUUCUACCUUAACAAACAAGACAAGUUGAUGCCCAUUGCAAUACAACUCAAGCAAGCAAGAGGACACGACAAUCCAGUGUACACACCAAAUGACCCAGCAAACACAUGGUUGGUGGCGAAGAUGUUCUAUAACAAUGUCGAGGCCCAGCAUCAUCAAGCGCUAACUCAUUUGGGCUACACACAUCUUCUGAUGGAAGGCGUGGUCAUUUGUACACAUCGAAACCUCUCUCCGUCACAUCCACUGUUCAAACUAAUGGCACCCCAUUUCCUCUUUCUGCUAGCCAUCAACACGAGAGGAUUAGAAAAGCUGGUAUCUCCUGGUGGUUGGGUAGAUACGUGCAUGACCCAAGGAGUGAAGGGCAUCUUCGAACUCAUGCGGAGAGGCUUUGACCGCUGGAGAUUUGACCGUGAAGGACAAAUUGAAAAGGAACUGGAAUCUCGAGGUGUCUUGGACAAGAAUGUUCUCCCAUAUUAUCCAUACAGGGAUGAUGGUGUUCCGCUUUAUAAUGCCAUCAAGAAGUAUGUUACUGCUGUUGUCACUCAUCAUUAUGAUACGGCAGAAAAGCUGUCGGAAGACUGGGAGCUGAAGUGGUGGCGGAAAGAAUUAGUCACAGCUAGAGACAACAAUGGAGUUGGAUUACAGAAUGUCCCUGGAGAUUGUGAUGGAUUUAAUUCUGUUGAUGAAGUGAUAGAUGUAGUGACGAUGAUCAUUGCCACUUGCUCCCUGGGCCAUGCAGCCGCCAAUUUCCAGCAAUAUGAGCAGUACGCUUUUGUUCCCAACUACCCAGGAAUUUUAAUGAUAGAUGUGCCUAAAGAGAAGAAAGACUAUACAGAGAAGGAAAUAAUGGCAAUGCUGCCAGACAAGAGGAUGACCUUAGAUAUCAUGGUGAUCACAAAACUCCUCUCCAGCAGGGGUACCAACAGCUUGGGAGAUUUUGAAAUGCAAUAUCUCUAUGAUCCAGUGGGUGUUAAAGCAGCAGAGGAAUUCCAAAAGGACUUGAAGCGACUGAGCUUAGAUAUGAAGAAGCGCAACAUUGAUCGUGACUGGAAGUUUGAAUGGCUGGACCCAGAAAUUGUUCCAAACUCCAUCAGUGUGUAGCAGUUUACAGCCAGCACAUGUAUUGAUGAUAAUACCAGAGCUUCAAUGAGAAGAAACUAGUGCCUAUUUUAAUUAUCAGGGAGUUUUGAAUGAAGUAAAUUAUAUUGUUAUAUACAUGUACAAUAAUUUCAAAUAAAAUCUGUUUAUGAAAUAUACCAUAUUUCAUAAAAAUAAUAAAAAAUUAUGGUUUGUUUACAAAAAAAUCAUACAUUGGUUUAGAUAAUUACAUUUUUAAAUGUUUUUUUUAAAUUGUAGAUUGUACUGUUUAAGGAAGGGAAGUCAUUCCAGAUCUAAAACUAGUUAACUUUAUCCAGUGAGACAGUACUCAAUCUGGCAGUAAGAAAUGUAAUCAAAUUUACAAUUGUUAAGUGCUAUAUUAUUGUUGCAAAUGUUCAUUACAUUAUUGCUAUAAAUAUUCUAUACAAGAUAGACAACUGGACUUUUAACAAAUUCUUCUAUUCCAAGUAAUCUCAAAAUUAUUUUCAUAAAUUAUGAAACAAGAGUACCAGUACUGAGGUACUGUAUUUGUAUUUAAUGAGUGAGAGUCAAAGAGAUCACCCAAGAUAUCAAUACAAGAGCAGAUGGACAUAAGGGAAGUGAUAUCAGAAAUGGUGUUAGUGAGGAACAAGUGACUCUGAGGUGUCAGGAAAGCAAGAUCAUCAUCUUGAAAAUCUGGAGUUCCUUAUGAAGAGUUGUACAAUUGUAAGUGAGACAGUGCAGUUUGAGGAAGGUGCAAGUCUUUGUUCCAUUAAGUUAGCAUGUGUAUGACUAAUAUGUAGCCUAGCCAGAGCCUGUUCCCAUUUCCUAUUACAGUAGUAAGAAGAAGGCCAUAGAAAUAUACUAUGCAGUUUGUUAUAAUUCAUUGUGUCUGGGGAACAGGCAGCCAGAGUGUAUUCAUAUGGGUUAGGCUUAUAUUGAGGUCUCUUCCCACCCUCCCCCUGAGGUCAAAUUACUGACCCCCGCCCAGGAUGCAUCCCGACAACAAGUUAACUCCUAAGUACCUACUUACUGCUAGGUGAAUGGGAGUAUUAAGUGACAGGAAAUACGCCCAAUAUUUCUGUCCCUCCUGGGAUUAUUAUUUAUUAAUACAGUACUCUAUUAUUUUGUAUUAUUAUUAUUAUUAUUAUCGUGUAUUGUUAUUUUGUAUUAAUAAUAACUGAGUAUUAUUUGUAAUGCUCAACCAGCUAUCAUCCUAGCAGUUGCAAACUGUGGCAUGAAUGACAGGAUAGAAAUCAAAGAUAGGAAACUCAUUUGGGAGACAGGACUGACAUUAAGGCCUUUUCAAUUGCGGCAUCUGCAACUUCAUUACAGGUAACAAUAAAAUAUAUUAUUUCAUACAUUGGCUUGCUUUGGUGUUCCUUUGUAGGGAACCAAAUGUCUAUUAGGCUCAUUCAGGUCUCCCAGUGAAGGACGAGGCUAUACACAUUGUCAUCCAACCAGUUUGUGGCCAGACCAAGCAGUGAGCAGUGUUUAAACCAUAGACCAAGUGAUGCAUGCAUCAUUUACUGCACAAUGCCAUUAGCAUGGUGCAGUGCUUGUAUAUUUGGGCAUUACAGUACAGUAUAUUUUCUUUUAAACACUUUCACUGAAUGCAGGUAUAUUUAGUAUUGAAUUAAUAUCUUGUGAAAGUUACCAAUACUGUAUUGCAUGGUUCUUAUUACAGUACGUAUUUAGUGCUGCGUCGUAAAUUCAAACUAAUUUCUCCUAUACUGUACAGUAUUUUUCAUUUUAUUUGUAACAUUUCGACAAACUUUUUCCUAUCUUCAGCCAACAUAAUACUGUAGCAUGUCAUAAGUGUAUGUACUGUCGAGCCAGUUCAGAUCAGGUCAAUAAUCUGUAAAAAUAGUGUGUUAGUGAAAAUUAUGUCUAUUAACUAAAACGAAUUCUUCACAUAUUAGUUGGAAUUCAAGUACUGUACAGUACAUAUAAUUUACAUAACAACAAUAAUUACAAUUAUUACUUGAUUUUUUCAAGUACUGUACAGUACAUUUAUAUAAUAAUAAUGCAAUUAUUACAGUGUAUUUUUGGUCAACAUCUGUCUUGAAAUAAAUACUCCAUUUGUUGUCACCUGAUUUUUAAUAUAAAUAAAAUGAUUUUAAACAUUACUAAGGUUCCAUUUCAUAUUAUUAAGUUAAUUUACAAUAUCAUGCAGAAGGUCAAUAACUCAGCAGUCUCUCUUCAGUAAGCUUUCCGAUGCAAACUUCACUAAUUUAAAUUAUGAUUAUCCUUACAGAAGAAUCCUAAUUGCUCACUCAUCUUGUUUUAUAUUUAAGUAUAAUAUUAAUGAAAGCAUAGCUAUUCCAACUCAUCCUCCAGAAAUUAUAGUAGUUAUAACAACUGUUGUAUUCUGCAAAAAAGUUCAGAUUUUGUACUACUGAAAGGCUCCAAAUGGCAUUCUAAAAUAUGGAAUAGUAACUACAACUAAUUUAACCUGUCCUAGGUCAAUAUAUACAAUCCUAGACCUAAUAUAUAUAUAACUUUUAGGCCUAAUAUGUGCUAUUUAGGCUUAGUAAAUUAAAUUUUAGGCCGUAUAUAUACCGUUUUCAGUGCAACAUAUGCCAUUUUAGGCCUAAUUUGGUACAUAUAUUGUCCUAUGAAUAUUUAAGUAUAGUUGUUGCCUUUUUUCUCAUGCCCCCUUCUAAAUUAAUAGUACAAAAUGUCAUAUAUUUUUGGUGUAACAGUACAUUUUUGUACAUUCCAGCAAUAGUUGCUGUAAGUACUGUACUACUCAAAUUUUUGUGAUGACUAAAUUGGAUAUUCCAGUGCUAGUGUUGUUCUAGGGUGUUGACACAGUACUUCCAAGGAGAGAGAGAGAGAGAGAGCAAGCCAUUUACUGUACCUAUAUGGACAAAUUAAUUUGAAUCCAUAUGGUACUUGGAAUGAUAAUUCCAAUCACUUUUCUGCAUAAAUGACUCAUUUAUAUAUGUACUGUAUAUAUAUUACUGUAUCACCAGAAAUGUCAUUACAAUUAUUUAUUCAUUCAAAUCAAAGAGCGCAGUAUAACAGAUUACUGUAUCAUCUCUUGCAUUCUUAUUCAUAACUCAUAUUCUCUCUAAAUUAUGCAAAGUGCAUAAUAUAUCAGGGGGAAAAUUUUCUGUGAUUUGUGUUAGAGGAAAAAGUGUGCUGCUAAAUGCACUUCAUUUACAAACUGGCAGUACUGUAUAUUUUACCUGCUGCUUUUAGCAUUUGUUGUUUAGUGUAUAAUGUAUUAGAGAUUAAAUAUAAUAUUUUUUAUCAGUUAACCAAAAUAACAUCGUGAUAUAGAGAAUUUAAUGUGUGUGAAAGAUGGUGAUUUUGUUUCUGUUAGAUUUAUUAGUGUGUGUGUGUGUAAAUAUUUUCUUACAUAUGGAAUGACAAGUUUUGUGGCCCUCUGUAUUGUUCUUAAGUGAGUGCAUCAAAUAUAUGAUGUGAAAUUGUCUGUUAGUGUAUAAUAAAGAAAUUUUAUAUAUAUAUUUUUUUUUUUACAGAAGGAAAUUAGUACUGUAAAUUCACUUCAAGCUCUGAAUGUUGUAUAUUAAUAGCAUGAAGUUUUGGACUUGUGUAUAUUAUUUGCUACAGUAUCUCCAAUCAUACAUAGCAUGCUAUACAGUAUAUACUAUUCUCCUAAAGCCUUGAUAAAACAUCUGCUUUAAUAUUAUGCAUCUUAUUUUUGUAUUUAAAGUGCUACCCAUCAAAUAUAAGAAAUACAUGUAUGAUUCAUUA